AAAGCUACUCGGCGACGGAUAGACUGAAGUUAUGACUUUAAUAUGGCGGAUAAAGGUCCUUUUUUAACUUCAUGUAUUAUUUUCUACCUAUCGAUCGGUGCCGCAAUAUUCCAAAUUCUCGAAGAGCCCUACUGGGAAUCAUCCAGAGACGACUAUAUCCUUCAAAAGGAAAUGAUUUUGAAGAAACAUGCCUGCCUAACAGAGGAAGGUCUGGGUGAGAUUUUGGAGAUAGUGUCAGAUGCUGUCGGCCGAGGUGUGACCAUCACCGGAGACAAACACCGUAACUCGUGGGACUGGGCCAACUCUGUCAUCUUUGCCAGCACCAUUGUCACCACCAUAGGUUAUGGUAAUGUUGCUCCCAAGACUAAAGGAGGUCGUCUGUUCUGCAUCCUGUAUGGUCUGUGUGGGAUCCCCCUGUGUCUGGUGUGGAUAAGCACCUUGGGCUCAUUCUUUGGAGACCGUGCCAAGCGUCUGUCCCAGGUUCUGAUCCGUAAAGGCGUUUCAGUGAAAAAGGUCCAGUUAACCUGUACAGCCUUGUUCCUGUUAUGGGGGCUGUUGGUGCACCUGGUGAUCCCUCCAUUUGUUUUCAUGUCUAUGGAAGGAUGGAGCUACCUGGAUGGCCUUUACUUCUCUUUCAUCACGCUCACAACAGUUGGUUUUGGAGAUUAUGUGGCAGGUGUAAAUCCAAACAUGGUUUACCCCAGACUGUACAGGGUGUUUGCAGAGUUGUGGAUAUACAUGGGCCUGGCCUGGCUUUCUCUGUUCUUCAGCUGGAACGUCCACAUGGUUGUGAAAGCUCACAAGGUGCUAAAGAAAAGAAGACACAGGCACAGACGCCUCUACGAGGAACCUGAGCCUGUAGAGAAGCACAAGCCAGACGUCAGGCCUUCCGUUAUCGACAUCUUCAACUUCCUAUCAGAGGAGGAGGAAGACUACAGCACUGUCAUCAAGGAGAUUGGAGCAAACACAAGAAAGCCUGCAGCCAACAUAAACCGCUCUAAGAGCUGCAGUGACAUCCUGACCACCAACAUCCAGACCCUGGAUCACUCGCCUCGGCACAGACGUAUGAUCAGCAUCAGUGAAGUGUUCGUAAAUGCAGAGCCUGUCGUGGACGAAGGCGAACGUGAGUUCCGUCCUAUAAUACAAGAAAGCAACGAAGACCCGGAAUCGGCAGAAUGUGCAAGGACGAAUGAUGAGGAGAACAAGGACAGUUGUGUACUUGAUUCAGAAAGGCAUGGUAUCUUUUUCACUGUAUCAAAAGUAAAAGAUGCCACGGAAGAGGAAAGUGUACAGGAUCCUGGUGGUGGAGGGUCUAGGUUUACGAUAUCCAAGGAGAACAAUUUGUUAAUGGUUAAAGAUGACAAGGGAUAAAAGAUCCUUUUCUAAAACUUCCAAUACCUUUACCAAAUUGUGGAAAUAGUCACCGGUGUUGUGUGAAAUACUUUUAUAUGAAAAUAUUAUGGAUACUGGUAUGUGUGUUGAAAACAAACAUUUUGUUAAAAUGAUAC